ACACACACACACACGGACAGUGAUGUUCUUCUUGGUUGUCAACUUGACUACAUCUGAAACCUAAGUGCCUGAAUAUACCUGUAGGGAGACUUUUAAUCUGAAUAUUUUUGAGGUGGGACUGGUCCUAUGUGCCAAUCUGGGCUGUGUCUAUUACUUUUGCGUGGUUUCUGAGUUCAAUUCUCCAAGCUUCCAUGAAUCCACAUGAAUAUUCUGUCAUGGCCAACAAAGACAGAUCUUACUCUUGAAGUUUUAGCAUUGAAAGGGAACUGUUUGGAGAAACGCAGCGAAAGGACACUUGGAAAGGAGAAAUGCAUUUCAACUGCAUUUCGAUCCCAGGACUUGCUCCCUUGUUGCAUUAGUUGAGUUCCCAGCUCUGACCGAGGAGAAACAAGAUGUCAGUUCUAGGAAAAUUGCUGUGAAGAAUGGAGUUUGACGCUGAAAGCUGCUUCUAGCUGCCCUGGCUGAAGAACCCAUAACCAUCUUCCCACUCACCAUUCCUUCCUGCCUCCAGGCCUGAGCAGUCAUCAGAUCCUCUCACGCCCCUGCAAACAGGGUCUAAAGAGGUGGCACUCAAUAGCCCCCGAAUCUACAGGAUUUUGCUUGCUUCUGCCCAUGGUCUGGAACGCUCCCACCAGUGGAAGAUACAAAGCUCACCUUCUUCCCAAGAACCUCCAAUGCAGAUUCCUGCCUUAUCAGCCUUCCUCACACCCAGUUCAUGGGCACACAGUUAAUCGGAUGCACUUAUCCUGACCUUUGUGUGAGGAGGGAGGGAGAGGGGAGGAUUGAUUGUGGCAGCAGCCCGUGGCAGUGGUGGCGGCAGCAGCGGCUGAUUUCCAAGGACAGCUGAGACAGCAGUGCCGGCGAUGCUUUGAGUUUGGAUGCCUGGCACUGUAGCAGGGGCCCAGCAGACAAGCAACGAAGCUGCUCUGAACUGAGAUGGAACUGAUGCCUCCCAGGCUCCCACCUGGCCUCCAAGCAGGCCCUCCAGCUUUAGAAAGCCGAUGGUGAGCCACCAUCACUCACACCCACCUUUGACUUGGGAGGAAACUGGGGCACAAUCACCUUUUGGGACUUGCCUGAGGUCACAAAGUCAUGCCUGAGAAAAGCUGGAAGUCAAACUUGGCAGCUCAUGCCCACCAAAGGCAGAAAGAGGUUCUGCACCUGUGCAACCAUCAGCUGAGAUACAUUCUGCAUCCGUCACUCUGCUUCCCAGGGACCCUCGUCAGCUAGCCAGAGGUCUCCCAGCCGGCUGCUUUCCUGCAUGCGUUGAGUGGCUUGUUUUCUUCUAUGACCACAGAAUCAGAUGUAAGGAAGAGCUUCCCAAGCCGGAGGAACUAGGGGCGUCCCAGAUGUCUUUGGAGACAAACGAAUACAUCAGGCAACACACCAGGGCAUGCGUGACUGUGUUGGCUCAGCGAGGCUCACGCACCCAGGCUGAGGACCGCCUGUUCAAACACCUGUUUGGAGGCUACAAUCGCUGGGCACGGCCAGUACCCAAUACCUCCGAUGUGGUCAUCGUGCGCUUUGGACUAUCCAUUGCCCAGCUUAUAGAUGUGGAUGAGAAGAAUCAAAUGAUGACCACCAAUGUCUGGCUAAAACAGGAGUGGAACGAUUACAAACUGCGCUGGGACCCAGCUGAGUUUGGCAACGUCACCUCCCUCCGGGUCCCCUCAGAGAUGAUUUGGAUCCCGGACAUCGUCCUCUACAACAAUGCAGACGGGGAGUUUGCGGUGACCCACAUGACCAAGGCCCACGUCUUCUUCACGGGCACCGUGCACUGGGUGCCCCCCGCUAUCUACAAGAGCUCCUGCAGCAUCGACGUGACCUUCUUCCCCUUCGACCAGCAGAACUGCAAGAUGAAGUUUGGCUCCUGGACGUACGAUAAGGCCAAGAUUGACUUGGAGCAGAUGGAGCAGACGGUGGACCUGAAGGAGUACUGGGAGAGCGGCGAGUGGGCCAUCAUCAACGCCACGGGCACCUAUAACAGCAAGAAGUACGACUGCUGCGCCGAGAUCUACCCUGACGUCACCUACUACUUCGUGAUCCGCCGGCUGCCCCUGUUUUACACCAUCAACCUCAUCAUCCCGUGCCUGCUCAUCUCCUGCCUCACCGUGCUGGUCUUCUACCUGCCCUCCGAGUGCGGGGAGAAGAUCACCCUGUGCAUCUCGGUGCUGCUCUCGCUCACCGUCUUCCUGCUGCUCAUCACGGAGAUCAUCCCGUCCACCUCGCUGGUCAUCCCGCUCAUCGGCGAAUACCUGCUCUUCACCAUGAUCUUCGUCACCCUCUCCAUCGUCAUCACGGUCUUCGUGCUCAAUGUACACCACCGUUCCCCCAGCACCCACAACAUGCCCCGCUGGGUGAGGGGGGCCCUGCUCGGCCGGGUGCCCCAGUGGCUGAUGAUGAAGCGACCCCUGCCGCCGAUGGAGUUCCACGACUCUCCCGGUCUGAAGCUCAACCCUGCUUAUCACUGGCUAGAGACCAAUAUGGAUGCGGAAGAAAGGGAGGAGACAGAGGAAGAGGAGGAAGAUGAAAAUAUGUGUACGUGUGCAGGCUUCCCAGACGCUUCCAUGGGUAUCCUCUAUGGCCAUGGCAGCCUGCAUCUGAGGGCCCUGGAGCCUGAGGCCAAGGCUCCCUCUCGGGAUAGUGAGAUCAUGCUGUCCCCUCAGAUACAGAAAGCACUAGAAGGUGUACACUACAUUGCUGACCAUCUGAGGUCUGAGGAUGCCGACUCUUCGGUAAAGGAAGAUUGGAAGUACGUGGCCAUGGUGGUUGACCGGAUAUUCCUCUGGCUGUUCAUUAUUGUCUGCUUCCUGGGGACCAUCGGGCUCUUCCUCCCUCCAUUCUUGGCCGGGAUGAUUUGAUCUCAAGUCCCUUGUGUUGGCUCCAAGAUGACCUUGACAACUCUCUUCUGGCCUUCUCUAACUGGAGCCAUCUCUAGAAUGCUCUUUUGGGUCAAUACCAUCUGUCUGCAGAGUUUCUCUGAGGCUCCCAAACUAGUCUAGACUUUACACCCUCUUGGGGACAGCUCACAGUGAUAUUGUUGGGCUAAGUGCUGAGACCACUCAACAUGACACCUGUUUAGAGAUGCUGGGGAACCAGAAACGGUGAAGACAUUUGCUCUACAUUACAUAUUCCUGAAAGAGCAGCAGGAACCAUAUAUGACCAAAGGAUCAAACGAAGGGACAUUGGGGUCAAGCCAGGGCAAAGGGAAGUAGAACACUGCCCCAAGGAUGGGGACAAAGCAGUGCCUGAUGCAGGAGAGCUCCAAACAGCACUCUGGAUUCAGAGUGUCAGGGAGGACAAGUGGGGUGGGGAGUCUGGGAAGGCAAGUUGGGUAUCUUUAAUCCAGGCCUAGGAAGAAGUUCGGGGUCUUCUCUGAACCUGUCUCCGUGUGCUUUGUGAGGCAAAUAUCAGCAGGACAAGGCUAUUUCCAGAAGGAGUGAGGCACAGAAGUCCUCAACCUGAGCGUCUUGACCCCUUUCGCAUAUCAGAUAUCCUACAUAUCAGAUAUUUGUAUGAUGAUUCCUAACAGUAGCAAAAUUAUAGUUAUUGAGUAGCAAUGAAAUGAUUUUAUGAUGUGGGGUGUCACCACAACAUAAGGAGUUUACUGUAUUAAGGGUCGCAGCACUGGGAAGGUUGAGAACCACUGGCCUAGAUGUCCUGGUGGAUGCUUGAGGCAGAGGAAUUGCGGCAUGUAGCUGGGUGGAAGUGGCUGGGCUGUGAUUCAUCUGAAAGCACCGUUGAGCUCCCCGGUUGCCCUCAGCAUCAUGUCUCAUGGUUCUGUGCCACAAAGAGGUCUAGUAAUUGCUGCCAGGGAUCAUGGCCACCUUCAAAUCAUCAGUAAUUCUUGCACUUGGAAUAUCACAAGGCCCUCCAUUGCAUAGGAGCCCAGGGGAUCGGGCCUCUCACCACACUGUCCAGUCCCUGAGGAGUCAGACCUCGGAAGCUUACAGCAAUGACAUCCCUGAUUGCUAAUAGAUAUAGAGACCAAGGCAGGAAGCAGAGUAGGGCAAGCUUCUGGUUUCUCUUUCUCAGGGUGUUCUUCUGAAUCCCAUACACUGCGCUUUGACAGACCUAAGGGAAACCUGCUCACCAAAGGCCUCACCCGGACACCCUGCUAUCAGUUCCCAUGAGCCCCUACUCAGUCACCAAUUCAGUUCUUGGCUCCUCCUUCCUCCAGUGACGGCAGCCUGCAGCCUCCAUCCACCUGUUCUAAGCCCUCCGAUGCGAUUUCCUGACAGAAGAUGCUUGCUGCACGUUUGUCCACAUUUCCCAUCCUCCUUGCACGCGAGUGAAAUGCUGAAAUAAAGCUGAGAUGACUGCUCUCAAAAACUGUCAUGCUUUCCUGUCACCUCAGCUGUCCCUGGCAUCAUCUAGUC